AUGCUGAUGCGCGCCGCAGAGAACUGUGAGGCGCCUUUCCUCUCUCCUGAUAGGGAAGAGGGAGAACCUGCUGAGCUUCUCCCACAGCGAGAGAGUGAAGACGGUGAUGGCAACAAAAGUGUUAGCAGCCGGAACGCGUGGCUUAGAUCUCAUGAAAUGCCUGGAAGAAGAGACUCACCCUUUUUAUCGGAAUCGGCAUUAUCAGAGACGUUUGAACUCACAUCGGUGUAUUGUGUUUCAUCGGAUUUGAGAUCGGAAACUAGGGUGAAAUCAUUUUGUUCAAUGGUGUCUAUUAUGCGCGUCACAGAGAGCAUGCAUCUACAACUGCUCUUCUGCCUCAUAUUCUUGGUUCACUGCUCCAUCACUGUUUACGGGUAUUUAGCGGCUGUCGGGGAAGUGAUUCCCGUAAGUGUGGCUAUUGCAUUCGCAUUUUUGGUUGAGCAUGCCCUUAUGAUCGCUGACGAGGGAAAGAGUCACUUUGGCUCAUCGGCCCAUAAGUAUUUGAUCAUAUUUAUUAACUGUUCAUUGCUGAUUGCCUUCGCAAUGGAGGUGUUCGGGUUUAUUGUGUGGUGCGCCACUGGGAGGGUGGAUGUAGUCCUCUUUGGGUUUCCAGCAGCAGUUUUGAUGUGGUGCCCGCGAUGGCGCCAACUGGUGUUGGCGCUCCGCCGACGCGUCUCAGCUGACCGUCGCCGGUAUCGAGAAGACGGAUUUGAUCUUGAUGUGUCGUUCAUUGAUCCAACAGUGGCGGCCAUGUCGUGGCCAGCCGAAAAUGCUGAGUGUAUAUUCCGCAACCCUGCAUGGGAGGUACAAAGGCUCCUUGAUAUAAAAUACGGGAUUCACGAAUAUCACGUAUUUAAUCUUUGCUCGGAGCGAGGCUACAGCAAUACCGCAUUAUUUCACGGUGAUGUUUCGUGCUACCCAAUGGAUGAUCAUAAUCCAGCCGAGUUGAAAAUGAUGGUGGAGUUUGUGCAGGAGGCCGGUGAUUUUGUGCGCAUAGCCCCUGAACGCCGUGUGGUUGUGGUGCACUGCAAAGGCGGGAAGGGGCGCACCGGGACUAUGGUGUCCGCGUAUCUCAUGUACAGUGGGCGCAAGGCGACAGCUGAUGAAGCUCUGGAUCACUUCAGUGUGAUGCGCACCGCAUUUGGGGGGAAAUUUCAAGGCGUGCAGACGCCGUCGCAGGAUCGCUACGUUCGCUACUUUGAAAGGCUGCUGCCGUUAAUGCGGCGACCGUACACGCUGCAGUUGGAUGCAAAGCCUAAAAGGAUCACACACAUGGUGCUGCAGAAUAUACCAUCGAUCUGGUGGAAAGGUGGCAUUGGAAAGUUGUGGUACGUGAUCAUUCUUAAGCCGUGUUCAGAGAGGCGCGUGGUUCAUGUCUCAAACAAUACAGUCACUUUUAAUGUCAAAUCAUCCGAGAGGCACGCACCACGAGUGUGGACCCAGGUGCGUGAUGUCUGCAUACCAGAAGAAGAGGCUCUCUAUCGUGAAUCUCAGAAUGUAGAUCAUUUUGAAAGAAUGUGCCCGUGUUAUGAUACUUUUGCGGUGAUUCUUAACGGUCGUCGUAUGGACACGAAAACGUUUGACGGUCAGCAAGGUGGAAAAUCUCCUCCAGAGAGCGGUACGUUUAACGUAACAUUAGAGGCACUGCAUCUGGAGAAGGUGCCGCCUCUCCUAGGCGAUGUUGUUAUUAAAUUCUACUACGCGAAGAAGUGUCCCAACCCCCUUGAACCACCUGUUCAGUUGUGGUUUCACACGUCUAUGGAAGGUAAUGAACUGUGUUUGGCUAAGCGGCAGCUGGAUGGCCCACACAAAGACACGAAGGACGAACACUACCCGGAUGACUUUGCGGUGAUUCUGCGUCUGCAGGACGAACAUGAACAGUGUUAG